UUGGUUUCGGGUUCUGAUCCGGCCAUGGAAGCAUCAGAUCGGGAUCAUGAGGCGUGGCUAAAUUCGGUGAAAAGCCAAAUAGAGGCGGAAAACAACACAAGGUGGCAUGCGGACGCAUUUUUUGACAAGCUUUUCGGAAGAGAAGACGCUGCUAAAAUCUGCCAGCCCGACAAAGAGACGGACGGGGUCCGGGCGGUCACGAUCGGGCCAUACCACCGCUACCCCCAGGAUCAGGUGAUAUUCGACGACGAGUACAAGUGGGCAGUCACUAGGUAUAUCGCCAGGCGGUGGGCCCAUUUCGACUCCAGCAUUUAUCUCCAGGCGAUGGCGGAGAUGGAACUGGAUGCUCGCCGUUACUACGCGUACGACUUCCACGAGGAAAUUGGCAGCUAUGAUUUUCUGGUGAUGCUGCUGCUCGACAGCGCCUUCAUACUGUUCGUGCUGGACGCGGUGGGCAACAAAGAGCUACUCUACUCCGGCAAUGAUCCCUUUGGCUACGGGACUUUGUUAUUGAAGGUACAGGAUAGUAUUAUGGAGAUCAAAAUCGACCUUCUGAGACUCGACAACCAGAUCCCUUUCUUUGCUGUCGAGCAGCUGUACGUGAUCAGUCAUUGCGGCAAACCCGACUACCACAACGACUAUCUGCAGGAAAAGUUCAGAAAUCUUGUGCUGUCGGGCUUCAAAGAUCUCUAUCCCAAGAGGGAAAAGGGAAGGAGAAUAAACUUCGAGGACACUGAGUUCGAUCAUCUGCUGCACCUCUUCCACUGGUCGCGGGUACCAGAGGACAAAUACCUAAGUGGCUCCGCAAUGAUGCGACGAACGGAGGAUAGGGUGCUGUACAUUCCCAGCGCUACGGAGCUGCAAAAAUGUGCCAUGACUUUCCGGAGGAAAGCAUCUGGUAGCUUCCUGGACGUCAUGUUCCAGGACAGUUUGACCAAGAUAUGCGGCGAGAUGAGUAUCCCCACCGUGUACCUUGACGAUUAUAGCAAAGAACUCUUCCGCAAUCUCAUCGCAUUCGAGAUGAACUCCAACGAAAAUGGGCGCUGCGUGAUGGCCUACUGCAAGUGCCUGUCCCACAUUCUGCAGCGUGAGGAUGAUGUAAAGCUGCUCAGGGACGAAGGGAUAGUGGCGAGCACGAGCUACAAGGAUGCCGAUGUCAUCGAAUUCUUUGAUCACUUCAACAAGCAGGUCGAGCAUCAGAGUAUGCCCGUAGAUCUGUACGAUCUGUAUGCCGAGGUUAGGAAGCAUCACAAGAGACGGAUCAGCAACUAUUACGGUAGGAUGAAGCUCCAGUACUUCCCCAACUGGUGGGUCUGUCUUUCGAUCGUCGCGGGUAUCGUACUCUUUCUUUUCACACUCCUGCAGACCAUAUAUUCCCUGCUUGGCUAUUAUAAACCUUUCAGCACUACUAAAUAAACUAAAAAACUCAGCAUAUUCGAGGGCAAAAAAAAAAAAAAAAAAAAUCCAGCGAACAGUUUUAAAAAGUCCAAGAAUAAUCCCAUUCAUGAAUAAUAAUGAUGAUGAUGAUGACCACGAUGGUAUUGGUGACAAUAACAAUAAAUAAUCGUGCACUGUACUUUCUUACUUCUCUUGGUUUCUCUUUGGUGCCGUAGUGAGAUUGUAUGGCUGCUUAAAAAUUUUCAAUUUUAUCUACAAAUACUCUAUGUAAUAUACGCUUACUAUUGAUUUGAAGGCUUUGUGAUAUUUCUACCAAUAACUCAGUUGAGCA